AAAAGAAAAAAAGAAAACAGUCACUUCUCUCCUCUAUUCUUCCUUUCCGCCGCAUCCUCCGAAAAGCAACGCCUCUCGGAGCCAUUAGUCACGCGUCGUUCCGAAAUCCUUCGCAUAAACAAUAGUCGAAAUGCCAGAAACGGCACAAGAGCCUCCCCCUUCUCCUUCUUCUUCUUCUCCUCCUUCUUCUUCUCCUUCUUCUCCUUCUUCUGCUCCUCCUCCUUCUUCUUCUCCUCCGUCUUCUUCUCCUUCUUCUUCGUCUUCGCCAGAGUCUCCACCGCCCUCCGAGUCUUCGUUUUCUUGGACGUCGCUUUUGCUGGCGGGAGCUUAUGGAGGAUCUUUUGCACUGGGGGCUUUGCUCGUUCCUUCUCUGUUUUCUGCUCCUUCUUCGUCUGCGGCUUCUUCUUCUCCUGUCUCUCUGAUCUCAGACGCGUCUCUCGCUUCGUUGUCUUCUUCGUUAGGAGGAGCGCUUUCCUCCCCGCCAGUCCCUGCACCGUUCUCUCACUUCCUUCGUCUCCUCUCGUCCUCUUCCAUCAAAACUGUUGCUCUCAUUCCGCCGUCACCUUCUCUCAUCCUCUACUCCCCUCAUGCCGGCUCUUCGGCUUCGUUCUCGUCUCCUUCUCUGCUCUCGUCUCUUCUCCCGUCGGCUGCUCCUCCUGCCUCCGUGUCUCCAGCGGGUGCAGAAGGCCUCCGCGCUGGAUCUUUGUCUCCGUUCUUCCUCACGCGAGCGUUGCCGGGGAGCGAGAAUGAACUUUCUCGUCUUCUGAUGAACAACCAGGCCGUUGAACUUCUGCAUGUCUUCGAGGAGAACGCAUGCAGCCAUGCGCUGGACGCCUCCGCCUCUAUUCGCAGUGCCUCCUCUGUCUGGACCGCGCUUCUUGACGAGCUUCUCGAAGUCGCCAUCGCCUUCGCCGGACUCGCAGCGCUCUCUGCUCUCCUCUUCCUGAUAGGUGAGGGAACUCCUUCAUCUGUCUGGCUCUCUUUCUCUUUCUCUCUCUCGCUCUGCACCGCUUUGUCUAUCUGUCGACCUGUCCAUGGUGAUCUGAGUUUGUUGUUUCUGUCUACAGCGAUCUCUUCAUGCUGCUACGUUGUACGAAGGCUUCCGGAUCAGCGCCGGUGCUGCUGCUUAGCUCGGUUCUCAGACUCUCUGUGACACUGCGCGCAUCCCUGUGGGGUCCGCGAAACCUGCAGACAGCUGUCGAGAAGACGAAAGCCGAGUUCAAGGAUGCGAAACGCGUAGAGAAGAGACGGCAAGAGAAGCAGCGCGUGGAUGCGCAUUGCGUCUCUAGUGCAGGAGAUGCAAAGGUGCAUGUUGUAUGAUGCGGUCCUAGGGCGCUCGAACUGUGGUUCUUUCCCCGUUUUGUAUCCGUUUACGUUUCUCGUUGAAUGCAUGUUUUUCUUUCGCGUCGCUUGUUCAUUGAUGUCUUUCUCCUCGUCGACUCCCGCGUCUUUUCGACUGCUACUUGGUGCCUGGACGCUUCGCCUCCCUCCCUUUUUUUCUUCCGAUUUCAACGUAGGCCGCCACUGCAAUUUCUUGCCGUCGUUGCCGCCGGGCGCUUGGGCCAGCGAAGGCAGUCGAGAGCCGCCUGCGUUUUCGCGCGCGACGUUCGCAGACGUAGCUGGACAUGAAGAGGCGAAGCGUCAGCUGCGGCAGAUAAUUCACUUUCUCAAAACGCCGCAUGCGUUCGACGCCCUCGGCGCCAGGGUCCCUCGAGGCGUCUUGCUCGAAGGUCCUUCAGGAACAGGGAAAACGUUGCUGGCGCGCGCGGUGGCGGGGGAGGCGGGUGUUCCGUUUCUCUCGUUCAGCGGCGGAGCUUUCGUGGAGCUCUUUGUGGGCCAGGGAGCCUCGCGCGUCCGCGCACUGUUCGACGCAGCGCGCGCGAGGGCGCCGUGUGUGGUUUUCAUCGACGAGUUCGACGCCAUCGCCUUCGACCGGAAGGACUGUCUUGGCGGCAGUUCGCAGGAGUAUCUGCAGACUGUGAACGAGUUGCUCUACCAGUUAGACGGCAUGCAGAGGCCGAGUGGAGGCGGACGCUCGCAGGCAGGGCAUUCGGGCACCAGCGCAGGCGGAGCGGAUCGCGAAAAAAGCUUCUCUUCUGAGAACGAGGAAACCAGACCUCCGUCGUUCUUCGCCUCCCUGAAGCGCAGUCUCGCAUCCUUCUUCGCCCUGUGCCUCCCUCGCUCGCCAUCCGGCAAAGGCGCCCCAGGCGCCACAGCCGACGGUUCAGCUUCUUCGGAUUCUUCCUCUGAUUCGUCCCCUCCCCUUUUUGUGGUGUUGGCGGCGACGAACCGCGUCUCGGCUCUCGACGAGGCAGUCAAGCGCCCUGGGCGCUUCGACCAAGUGGUUCACAUUGGCUUGCCUUCGGAAGAAGAAAGACUCGAGGCGCUCAGGCUGCACAGCGCGCCGUUGGUGUUGGCCGCGUCUGUCGACUUUCGGCUGCUGGCGCGAGACUCACAGGGCCUCUCCGGCGCGGACCUCGCCUGUCUCUGCAACGAAGCGGCGCUGCGCGCCUCCCGGGAGGGACGCGCGGCUGUGGCGCAGGACGACUUCGAGGCUGCGUUGGAGACGCUCGCUCGGAGAUCGUCCAGGUCGAAGUUCCGAACCAGAGCUCGGCGACGCCCCGCUGCGAGCUUCCAGCAUGACGCGCCGGAGCCUGCGGACGUCUUCAGCGACCUCCGCGAACGCGAAUCCUCCGCGAUGGGGGACAAGGAGGAACGCGCUACAGUCGAAGAAGGAGGCGACGGCGCAGGAGGAGAGAGAGAAGAGAAGGAAUGCGGGAGCAGAGACACAGAAAAAGCGGUGCUUCAUCUGAUGCGCGAGUGGGUGCGUGUCUUCGGAGAAAGAGACAUGAGAUUGGAAGACGACGAAGAUCCAUACGAGCCUUGACGCCUGUCCAGCUGUCAAACUCACGUAGGGGAGCCAUAAACGUACACCACGGUCAUACGAGUUCAUCUGCGCAUC